AUGACGAUGGAAUUUGCACCUACUAGUGUUUCGUCCUCUGAAGACUCUAGCAAGAUGACGUAUGUGCAAAAGGAUCGAGAACGAGAUGAGGAUGAUCAGCAAGCAGUUACAAGUACUCGGAAUGGAUCAAGACCUUCAAGUCUCAGCUUUGAGUCGUCGAAUCUCUUUCGUUUUGGAAGCUCGAGCGACUUUUUUGCGCCGAUGAAGUACAGUGAGGAAGAAUUGACGGCUGCGUCAUCACCAGCAGAAAGUAGCGACGAGAAUCUGGGAAAAGAAGUUACCAUCAACAACAGUGAUACUGCAGGCAACAAUGACAUGCUGCCGUCUCCUGCUCGGUCGCCAUCUAACCAAGCAAGUCAUGAGCAGGACGAUUCAAACGAUGAAUCUGAAGCGACGAACGUUUCGAGCGAAGUGGGAAGAACGAUUGAUAUCAAGGUGCGCAAGACUCGCCCGCAAAUGGAAAUGCUGCCGUCGCGCAAUAGUCGGCGCAAAAACAGUAUUGAAAUGUUUCUUUCGCAGUCGCCUAGUCAGGCGCUAGGUGGAGAUUUCCUCAAACUUAGUUUGGAUGACCGACAGAUGAAUCUUCAGACUAAUAAGCGUACUGCUAACGGUGCUAGCACCGUUUCAGGAAGUACACCAAGCGUAGCUCGAAGUGCGGACUCAUACGCGACUUGUCAGUUUCAGCUCAAUUCAGUACAGGAGUCGCCCAGUGAGUAUGCCUCGUUGGGUGGUCAUUAUCAUCACCAGCAACCGUCAGCUGCCACCCAGCAGCCCCAGGAGCGCUAUCGGUCUAACGGAUGCGACGGCCAACAACAGCAUUUGCCAACGUCGCUCUCACGCUCGCGGUCAAGCACGGUACCAGGUGCCAAUACUGUCUCCAACGCUUCUUAUAGUGGGGCUUACACGCUGAGCCCGCGGAUGUCGUCGGAAGGUUCCUGGUCGGGCAGUCAAGAUGGGGAUAACAGUGCUUAUUACCAGGAGCAAAUGCACGAUUACUACAGCAACAACGAAAUGGCCGCCUCAUAUGAGCAGCAGUAUCGUUAUCAUCAUCAGCAGCCUCAACAGUAUCGAUCACCACAGGCAGCUAGCGUCUCGUACAACUAUGGUGGAAAUCACGCACGGGUACCGAUGAAUCCAGGUCAAUGGAACCCAAUGGUCAUAGGACCACAACUACCUUCUGGUAUGUACGAUGUUGGUGGAAACAUGUACAUGAAUACGCACUCGAGCCCAAUGAGACAUCCUCACGCGCAGAUGGGCUAUGGAUUGCAGCCGCACGGCGCAAUGGGGAUGCACGGUGGAGGUCACGCGCAUAGCCGCGCGCAAGGACGCAAUAAUAUGUACGCGCGUAUGACACCACCGCUCCCUGAGUCGCCUCCUCCGCCUUUGCCUUGCAAGGGCAUGGGGGGAGGACUGCAUGUGGGAAUGAAGCAGUGCAAAUUUUUCUUGCAAGGGCAUUGUCGUAUGGGCAGCAAGUGUAAGUUUGUGCACCAAGCUGGCACCUCAGAACACAUGGGCAGCGGUCAAAAUUCAAACCGCCUGAAUGGUUCGAUAAUGUAUCAUCAAAGCCGGAUGAUGAUGUCGUCUCCAUCUCACAUGAUACAACAGCAGCGCCAUCAAAGGAAUGGCGAUGAUGUCAUUCAUCAACUGAAUGUACCGUUUGAAGGCCGUCAGCAGUCUUGGAUGAGUUACCGCUCGGGUAAGUCUGGUGUCAGUGGCAUGAGUGCGGGCUUAAUGAACGGUGCAGGCACGAGUGCACCGAUAAUGGGAGGAUCUGCGAAUGAUUCAUCGAGUUUAAGCGCUGCGUUGAGCGUGGAAGACAUCCAAAACCGCGUGUUUGCUAUGUCGAAGGAUCAAAAUGGCUGUCGGUUAUUACAGGAGCAACUCGACUACGAAAACCGUUCUGAUCUGUGCGAGGUGAUAUACCAAGAAUCACUCGAGCACCUUGCUGAAAUGAUGGUUGAUCCGUUCGGUAAUUACCUCUUUCAGAAGUUGCUGGAACGUGUAAAUGAGAAGCAACGGGUUGUGAUUAUACGCCGCGUGAGCUCGAACCUAGUGGCUGCUGCACUGAACCUGCACGGUACGAGGUCAGUGCAGAAGGUAGUAGAAGUGUGCGCAACAUCGUUAGAAGUUUUUGAAGAGGACUACGAGGAAGAGGAUGAAGACAACUGUAGUUAUGUGAACAAAUGCAAGGAACAAUCUGACGGUAGUGGUCAACGGCGAAUGACCAGUUUACCUGACAUUAUUGUUGAGGCGCUAAAGGACGAUGCUGUGCGCCUGUGUAUUGACUCGAACGGUAACCACGUGAUCCAGCGUGCUCUGCAAUUUAUGAAACCGGAGUACAAUCAGUUUGUGUUUGAUGCUGUGUGCAAGGAAUGUACUACUGUUGGAACGCAUCGUCAUGGAUGUUGCGUUUUACAACGUUGCUUGGAUGCAGCCAACACGAUGCAAAAGGCAGCGGUGAUUGAGCAGGUGGAGCGCCAGGCGAUGAAGCUGAUGCAGGACCCGUAUGGCAACUAUGUUGUGCAGUAUGUUCUUGACUCGUGUACGGCUGAGGAGGCUUUCGGUGUCAUUAUGAAGCCGUUGGGCCAUAUUUACGAGCUUUCGGUGCAGAAAUUUAGUUCCAAUGUAAUUGAGAAGUGCCUUGAAAAGGCCCCCGAGCGUGUGCGCCAAAAGUAUAUUGCUGAAAUCACGAGCUGCUCAAAGAUGAACAAGAUGCUGCAGGAUCAGUUUGCCAACUACGUGGUACAGCGUGCCCUGUGUGUUUGCGCCGAGGAGCAGUGUCUGCUACUGGUGAAGGCGAUUCGCCCGCACCUGACAGCUAUGAAGAACACGUCAGGUGGUCGUCGCAUCACGGCACGCAUUCUCAAGCGCUUCCCAAACAUGGACAUUAGUAUGGAUGCGGGUGUGUCGCCAACUGCGGAUAAUGUGUUUGAUCAUGGCGCUAAUGGUAUGCUGAUGCACCAUUUGCCAAUGUCGUCUCUAGGAGACUAUCUGCAGGAGCAGCAGCAGCAUUUGCAAUCGAACCAGAUGUACAGAAUGCAGGGUGGUCACGUGGAUGCUUCUCAUCAGUUUCAGGGAAGCAACCGCGGCAAUGCCCGCAUACCACAGAUGCAUGGCAAUGAAGGCAGUAUGAUGAUGUUGAAUGAUGUGGGUGGUAUGGGCAUGAAUGCUACAAGUCGUGCGUAA